AUGGCUCCUUCUCCGCAAGAACAAUUCGUUCAUGGUCAAGAGAUUGCCAGAGGGCCCGUCUUCUCGUCUGAACCCGGAAAUCUCAUGAACCUCCAUUCGCACAAGUAUUCCGGUCUCGCCAACGCAAAGACCAUUGCCAUCAACCACACAAAGGGUAGCGGUCUCACGGUCUCUACACGCAAACCAUCUGCACACCAGCACCAGCACGCCACUGGCCGUCACAGUGCCACGAUCCGACAGGGCUCGGGCUCCCGACGAAGCAUGGGCAUCGUCGCUGGACAGAGCAAGAGAAACUAUAGACCAGAUCUCAGAAAGGCUGCCAUUGCUCGCACCUCUGCUUUGCUCGCCGCGCAAAAGGAAAAGCCAGAUGCGCCCCCGAAAAAGGUUCGCGGAAAGAAAAAGGCUCAGGCUGCGUAG